AUGGGGAUCAGGAAGGUGCCGAUGGACACGACUCCUUCGUCGAAAUUCAAAGACCGCUCGCUGCACGUUGGGUGGGCGCUGGCGCGGCGCUGGGAUUCCGCCAGGUCGCAGCCCGAGGCGGCGGAUGAUAUGGAUCACCUCACCUUCUUGGGAUCAGCUUUGUUCACACGCAGAGUUUCAGGGCCGCGGGUGGUCCUUUGCACUCCUAGGCCAGGCUCGCCUGAACCCACGGACGCCCCAGCUCCAUCUGAGACCGUCAAGGUCAAAGGCAAGUACUGCAAGGUCAUUGAUGGCCACGCCUUUGAGUGCUACGGCGCCCACACAGAUUUCUAUCCAUGCUGCUACCUCACUGCAGCCUGUGCCAUAGGUGCAUCUCGGAAAGAGAUGGAGUCAUUCGUGGAGCGGUUGGAAUUCGCCGUGCAGGAUUACAAGAAUGGCGCAGGAAGGAAAGAAAAGGAGAAAAAGCCGGUCCUCGGCAGCUAG